AUGGACGAUCAGUUAGCGAAUGCGACGAAUGUCUAUUUAAAACAAAAUCCAUUGUCGUUGGCUCCAUGGAAGGUUUUUGAGUUUUUUGAAAACGAAGAAAACUUGUCUGAAGCUGAACUUGAAAUGUCUAUAAGUCAGCUAAUAGAAAGACGGCCCGACAUCAAUAAAAACUACAAACUCUUCUUAACCGAACUUCAGAAGCUCGUACUUAUUCUCAUACCUUUAACAAAUUCUGUUUCAAUAAGUUCUUUGAUUGGAAUUCUAAGGGAAUUAGCUCUUAUACCGGAAAUUCUGACCUACCUCCCCGAGUUUCCAGAGCAGCCAGAACCGAAUGCAAUGUUUCAUUACUUGAAACAAUUAAAGCUUGAUAAGAAUACAUUAAGUUCGGAAGAACCUAAGGAACAAUUGAUCGUAUUACAAGAAGAAGCUUUCGAAAAAUUUUAUAAGGCGUUGAAAAACGAUAAAAAGUUUGAGCAACUUUCUGAGAAAAUGCGACGAAACACCAUUCGUGAAAUUUACGACAAUACUGAUUCAUCGGUUUUAAAAUUAUUGAUUGGUGAAGAAAAUCGAGAUGGCGAAAAGGAUGGAAAUGCUCAACUUUUGAAUUUGUCAACACGUUCUACUCCAACUUCAACAACUCCCCAAUCUUCGGCUAGGAAGGCGAAGAAAAGAAGCAAUGAGUUGCCACCCGCUGAAGCCACAUUAUCUAAACGCCAACGACGCAAACCUAGACGUCUCGAUGAAUACGAAGUUGAAAAUAUUGCAAAAAACGAAGAAGCUCCUCAACGGCCAAACGCUUCCGAUAAUUACCCUUUUGAUGAUGCCGCUGUCAAGGUUAAAAGUCUAAAGGCGUCGCCGAGCAACGACGAGCUCCUUGAGCUCUACGCCCUUUACAAACAGGGAACCGUUGGCGACAACACCACUCCAAAGCCGGGAAUGCUUGAUUUGAAAGGAAAAGCUAAAUGGGGAGCGUGGGACGCUAAGAAGGGAACCUCCCAAGACGACGCUAAAGCCGCCUACAUUGCUCUUGUUGAGAAGCUCAUCGAGAAAUAUGGACUUUAA